AUGGAGAAGCCUCGUGACGCGCACGCCGAGGUUGUCGACCAUGGCGCCGGCGUGCUCUAUCCGGCCACCACCGCUGGCGAACUCCAUCGUGAGAUGUCUAUCCGAACCAUCUUUAUGCUUGGUAUCGGAGGUGGUAUCGGCACCGCACUGUUUGUCAGCAUCGGCGGUGCUCUAAACUCUGCAGGACCCGCCGGUUUGCUUCUAGGUUUUAUCGUCUACAACCUUGUCCUCGCCAAUAUCAACAACUCCGUUGCCGAAAUGACAACCUAUAUGCCCGUUAGCGGUAGUUUCAUUCGCUUAGCCGGUCACUGGGUCGACGACGCGCUUGGUUUUGCUGGUGGCUGGAACUUCUACAUCUACCUUGGUCUUAUUGUUCCUUUUGAGAUUACGGCUCUGAGCCUGGUUCUAUCAUUCUGGAGUUCCCAUAUACCCGCGGGAGCAAUUUGUGCAGGCUGCAUUGUGCUCUAUAUUGCGAUCAACAUCUUUGCCGUUCGCGUUUAUGGCGCGGCUGAGUUUUGGCUCUGCAGUGGCAAAGCAUUCCUCAUGAUCCUCCUCAUGAUGUUUACUCUAGUCACUAUGUGCGGCGGUAAUCCUCAACACGAUGCAUUUGGCUUCCGACACUGGAAAGACCCUGGGCCGUUCCUGGAAUACUUUAGCACUGGCACCACAGGAAAGUUUGAGGGUUUUCUUACGGCACUCUGGUCUGCGUCCUUCACCUGUGUUGGACCUGAAUUCCUUAGCAUCGCAGCCAGCGAAGUUAAACACCCCCGUACGUAUGUCAAGAAAGCCUACAAGGCCCUGUAUGCACGCAUCCUGAUUUUCUUCAUCGGGGGCUGCCUGGCCGUCACCAUCAUUAUUUCGCCUACCGACAAGGUCCUGGAUGCUCUCUACAGGAAAGGCAGCGGUGACAGCAGAAGCGCUGCUGCCUCGCCUUACAUUAUUGCCAUGCAAAAUCUCGGCAUCAAAGGCCUACCUAAUCUGAUUACUGCUCUAUUUGCUACUACCAUCUUCGCUGCUGGUAACACCGUACUUUAUAGCGCAACCCGAUGUCUUUAUGGCCUGGCUCUCGAAGGCCGUGCCCCCAAAUUUCUGAGGAAGGUCACCAAAUCCGGCACCCCCAUUUACUGCUUCGUAGUCACCAUGAUCUUUCCCCUUUUGUCCCUGCUGCAACUCGGAAGCGGCUCUUCCACCGUCCUCACCUGGCUUAUUAACCUCGCUACCGGUGCUACCCUGAUCUAUUUCAUUACUGCUCUCAUCACCUAUAUCCGCUUCCACCGCGCCUGUCACGUCCAGGGUUUCAACCGCGACAAGCUGCCUUACAAGGGUUGGUUUCAGCCCUACAGUGCAUGGUUUGCUCUCAUCUUUGAGAUCGUUAUCCUCUUCUUCUAUGGCUACCGAUCUUUGGUCCCCUUCAACGUCAGCGGCUUCGUUACUGCUUACUUCAUGCCCUUGUUCGUGCCAUGCCUGUUUCUCGGUUGGAAGCUCAUCAAGAAGACCAAAUUCAUCAGGGCGAAAGACGUUGACUUAAUCUGGGAGGCCCCUCUCAUUGAUGCUUAUGAGGCCUCGCUAGAAGAGGCCCCCGUCGGCUUCUGGAAGGAUGUCUGGUUAAUGUUACGGGGCUGGGGUCCCAAGAAACACAAGGUGAAUGAGGUCUAA